AUGGCUUGUUGUAAGAAAUUUGGAAUUCCUUGGCCUGAAUGCAACGACGGUCUCUCAUACGACGACGUCGUUCGAUCCUCUGAUGCCGGGUUGACUCUGAUAGAGUUUUACUCUGCCAAGUACAAAAGUUCUGCUCCCUUACAAGGUUGGUUGCAGCGUAUAAAAAGUGGGCAGAUAACAUAUGAUGGAAGAGUUGUUACUGAUUCCAACACAGUCCUCAGAGUUGGCUCAAAGCUAGUCUAUCAUAGACUUCCAUGGAAGGAACCAGAUGCACCACAUAUAAUUGAAGUAUUGUAUGAAGAUGAUGACAUGAUUGCUCUAAAUAAACCUUCUGGCUUGCAAGUUCUGCCUGGAGGUCUCUUCCAGCAAAGGACAGUUUUGACACAGCUUCAAUGGGAAGCCAACUUGUACAAAAAGCCUCAUCCUGUCCCAGUACAUCGCCUAGGAAGGGGAACUUCAGGAAUUUUGUUAUGUGCAAAGACAAAAUUAGCCAGAGCCCGUCUUGCAUUUUAUUUUGCUGAUGGAACUUCUCACAUUGGAGGAGAAAGCAGAGAUACAAACAGGGAACUUGGGAAGAUCGCAAAGAUAUACCGUGGACUUGCGAGUGGGAUAGUGGAGAAUGAUGAGGUGACUAUCAAUCAACCAAUUGGAGUAGCAAAAUAUCCUGGUGUUGCUAAGGGGUUAUACGUUGCCUCUCAAUCAGGAAAACCAGCAGUUAGUGUAGUGGGUAUUCUAGACAGAAACGUACAAGAAAACAGCACAUUGGUCCAGGUUAAGAUUCAGUCUGGACGGCCACAUCAGAUCCGCAUUCAUCUUUCUUUCAUAGGGCAUCCUCUGUUAGGUGAUCCCCUUUUUGGUGAUGGUGGGCAACCUAAAUGCUUAGAUUGUGACUCUGUAGAUGAGAGUUUUGCUGAAGAUGGGGGUUAUCCAAGGCCUACCAAGCCAGUUCCUGGAGAUUGUGGGUACAACUUGCAUGCACAUAAAUUGGUUCUCUCUCACCCAUUAACCAACGAGUUAAUUGAAAUCAUUGCACCACUUCCAUCUGUCCUCCAGACAUCAGAAGAGGCUAAGGAAAUUGCUACCACGCAGCAGACUGCUGAAGAUUCGUAA